AUGCGCAGCGGCGGAGGUUGUUCCGGCAGCCUUUCAUUGAAGGGAGCCGCGAGUUUCAAAUGCAGCGGCGUUUGCCAUGAUUCCCUGGGCCUGGCUUUCAGCGUAGCAAUUCUUCCGGCGAAGAAGGUCAGCGCAGUGCUGUGUGGCGGCAGAGCUGAGGACGAGGAGCAGCGGGACAAGGAAGGGCGACUCUGGUGAAAUCGCAAACUAGGUAUCUGUUCCGGCGCGGGACCCCUGUAUGCAAAGGUCCAUGGCUAAUGAAACACAGAAAGUUGGUACCAUCCAUUUUCCUUUUCCCUUCACGCCCUAUUCCAUCCAGGAAGACUUCAUGGCAGAGCUUUACCGGGUUUUGGAGGCUGGCAAGAUUGGGAUAUUUGAGAGUCCAACUGGCACUGGAAAGUCCUUAAGUCUUAUUUGUGGAGCCCUCUCCUGGCUCCGUGACUUUGAACAGAAGAAGCGUGAGGAAGAGGCACGACUCCUUGAAACUGGAACUGGCCCCUUACAUGAUGAGAAAGAUGAAUCCCUGUGUCUGUCGUCUUCCUGCAAAGGGGCCGCAGCCACCCCGAGGCCUGCUGGAGAGCCGGCCUGGGUGACUCAGUUUGUGCAGAAGAAAGAAGAGAGGGACCUGGUGGAUCGACUAAAGGUGGAGCAGGCCAGGAGGAAGCAGCGAGAAGAACGCCUGCAGCAGCUGCAGCACAGGGCGCAGUUCAAAUAUGCAGCCAAGCGCCUGAGGCAGGAAGAAGAAGAAACGGAGAAUCUCCUCCGCCUCAGCAGAGAGAUGCUAGAGACAGGCCCGGGGGCUGAGCGGCCGGAGCAGCUAGAGUCUGGGGAGGAGGAGCUGGUCCUUGCCGAAUACGAGAGCGACGAGGAGAAAAAGGCAGCGAGCGGAGUGGAUGAGGAUGAGGAUGACCUGGAGGAAGAACAUGUAACUAAGAUUUAUUACUGUAGUCGGACACACUCCCAGCUGGCCCAGUUUGUGCAUGAGGUGAAGAAGAGCCCCUUUGGCAAGGAUGUUCGGCUGGUCUCCCUUGGCUCCCGGCAGAACCUUUGUGUCAAUGAAGACGUGAAAAGCCUAGGUUCUGUGCAGCUUAUCAACGAUCGCUGUGUGGACAUGCAGAGAAGCAGGCACGAGAAGAAGAAAGGAGCUGAGGAGGAGAAGCCAAAGAGAAGGAGGCAGGAGAAGCAGGCGGCCUGCCCCUUCUACAACCACGAGCAGAUGGGCCUCCUCCGGGAUGAGGCCCUGGCAGAGGUGAAGGACAUUGAGCAGCUGCUGGCCCUUGGGAAGGAGGCCCGGGCCUGUCCCUAUUACGGGAGCCGCCUUGCCAUCCCUGCAGCCCAGCUGGUGGUGCUGCCCUAUCAGAUGCUGCUGCAUGCUGCCACUCGGCAGGCUGCGGGCAUCCGGCUGCAGGCACAGGUGGUGAUCAUCGACGAAGCGCACAACCUGAUAGACACCAUCACGGGCAUGCACAGCGUGGAGGUCAGCGGCUCUCAGCUCUGCCAGGCCCAUUCCCAGCUGCUGCAGUACAUGGAGCGAUAUGGGAAGCGUUUGAAGGCCAAGAACCUGAUGUACCUGAAGCAGAUCCUGUAUUUGCUGGAGAAAUUCGUGGCCGUGCUGGGGGGGAACAUUAAGCAAAAUCCCAAUACACAGAGCCUCUCACAGACAGGGACAGAGCUGAAGACCAUCAACGAUUUUCUCUUCCAGAGCCAGAUUGACAACAUCAACCUGUUCAAGGUGCAGCGAUACUGUGAGAAGAGCAUGAUCAGCAGAAAGCUCUUUGGAUUCACAGAACGGUAUGGAGCAGUGCUCUCAUCCCGGGAGCAGCCCAGACUGGCUGGGUUUCAGCAAUUCCUGCAGAGCCUGCAGCCCAGGACGACUGAAGCUCCUGCAGCCCCCGCAGACGAGAGUCAGGCUAGCGCCCCGCGACCAGCUUCCCCACUGAUGCACAUCGAAGGCUUCCUGGCAGCUCUCACUACAGCCAACCAGGACGGCAGGGUCAUCCUGAGCCGCCAAGGCAGCCUCAGUCAGAGCACCCUUAAGUUUUUGCUCCUGAAUCCAGCUGUGCACUUUGCCCAAGUGGUGAAGGAGUGCCGGGCAGUGGUCAUUGCAGGGGGUACCAUGCAGCCGGUGUCUGACUUCCGGCAGCAGCUGCUGGCCUGUGCCGGGGUGGAAGCUGAACGCAUGGUGGAGUUUUCCUGUGGUCACGUGAUCCCUCCAGACAAUAUCCUGCCCCUUGUCAUCUGCAGCGGGAUCUCCAACCAGCCGCUGGAAUUCACGUUCCAGAAAAGAGAGCUGCCUCAGAUGAUGGACGAGGCGGGUCGCAUCCUCUGUAACCUGUGCAGUGUGGUUCCUGGAGGGGUGGUCUGUUUCUUCCCCUCCUACGAGUACCUGCGCCAAGUCCAUGCCCACUGGGAGAAGGGUGGCCUGCUGGGCCGCCUGGCUGCCAGGAAGAAGAUAUUCCAGGAACCUAAGAGCGCGCACCAGGUGGAGCAGGUGCUGCUGGCGUAUUCCAGGUGCAUUCAGGCCUGUGGCCAGGAGAGAGGCCGGGUGACGGGGGCCCUUCUCCUCUCUGUUGUUGGAGGAAAGAUGAGUGAAGGGAUCAACUUCUCUGACAACCUAGGCCGGUGUGUGGUGAUGGUGGGCAUGCCCUUCCCCAACAUCAGGUCUCCAGAGCUGCAGGAGAAGAUGGCCUACUUGGAUCAAACCCUCCCCAGAGCCCCAGGCCAGGCGCCCCCAGGGAAGAAUCUGGUGGAGAACCUGUGCAUGAAGGCCGUCAACCAGUCCAUAGGCAGGGCCAUCAGGCACCAGAAGGAUUUUGCCAGCAUAGUGCUCCUGGACCAGCGAUACGCCCGGCCCCCUGUCCUGGCCAAGCUGCCGGCCUGGAUCCGAGCCCGUGUGGAGGUUAAAGCUACCUUUGGCCCUGCCAUUGCUGCUGUGCAGAAGGUCAGUCCCACCUUUUUCUUUCUGAGAGCCUCCCCACCCCGAGAUCUCUUUUCUCACUGCCUUCUGUCUGCCCAGUUUCACCGGGAGAAGUCGGCAUCUUCCUGAUGGGCAACCACACCACCGCCUGGCGCCGCGCCCUUCCUUUGCCCUGCCCGCUGGAGACAGUAUUUGUCGUGGGCCUGGUCUACAGGGAUCCUGUUACAAGGGUGAAACCCGGGAGGAGAGUGUGGAGUCCAGAGCGCUGCCAGCGCCCAGGCACAGGCAUUAGCUCCCGUAGGAGAAAAUGGGAGAAUCCUGAAGAAACAGUGGGUCCUGGCUGGCCUUGGGGCAUUCCAGGGCAGCUCCCCUCCUGGCAUAGAAUCUUCCUUUCCAUCCUGCAUGGCUGAGAGCCAGGCUUCCUGCCUGGUCUCCACAGGAAGCUGUGGCAACUGUGGCAUCCACUGUGGCAUCUCCAUCCUGCCCACCUUCUUAAGAGUUGAGAUAGAGCAGGCCUGUUUGCCUCUGCCCUUUCUAGCCAAGGUUAACUGCCCUGGACUGCUCAUCCUCUGGUCUCAAUUUAAAAUGAUCCCAUGGCCGCAGGGCUCCUGCCCAGGGACUUGUCACCUGCCCCUCCUUCCUGAGUCACACCUGCAGCCCUGCUCCCUAACCUGUCCCACAGCCCUGCCUGGAUUUGUGUCUCUGGCUUCGCACCAGUUCCUCCGCAUCUGUGGCACCUCCUUCCCUCUCAACCACUUAAACAAACUCCAAGACACCUUCUACCCCACACCAUCAAUUAUGCCAAGGGCCAUUAGGCUCUCAACAUGACUAUAGAGACCCCGUGUCAUCACGGAGACCUUUUUUCCUGUGGGAAAAUAUCCCUCCCACCGGCAACAGCUGCCCCUGCUGACUGCGCCUGUCUUCUCCCUCUGACCCCAGAGAAAGGGGCCGUGGCCAGCUGGCAUCUUCUGCCGCCAUUAGGGACCAACGGGGGCCAGAGGAGAGUCACUGAUGCCCAGAUGUUUGCAUCCUGCACAGCUACACGUCCUUAAUUAAAAGUGUACUGUUGGUUUCUGCUGA